AUGGUCCAGCUGACGAUGCGCGAGAAUUUGACGCAGCCCUGCCCCGGUAUCGUUAGCGCGCUGGUCGAUUCGAGAUCCGUGGCCGUCGACUUUCAAUUUGUCAGCGGCGAUCCGGAUGGCGAUGAAGUAACCGUGAUUUCAAACGGCGAAUCGCGACAAGUCCGGUUCCCCGGCUGCUACGACGUGAAAGUGUCGUUCGCAAUGAAUCGGCCGCUGAAGAAUCCAUACAUUGAGGCAUUCCUGCAGCUGGGAACCAAUUUACCAUGUAGAACCGAUAGCAAGUCGAAGGUGAAAGGCGCAACCAAGGACAUUUGCACAAACAUUUCAAAGAAGAAUUGGUGCCCGCAGAGUCGCAAUUCGCAGUUGAGAAAAAUGUUGGACGGGAAGAGUACUUGCCAAUUCUGCAACGUUUGCGACACGGUGAAGCAGGGUAAGGAUAUCAAGAAAUUCGUACAAUCAUCGAGCAAACAGACGUGCGAGACAAAACAAGGUCGGCAGACGAUUUCGAUGCGGAUGUGCACCCCGUCGCGUCAGGAGAUGCGCGAAAAGGAGGGCGACGAGAAGAUGGAGGAGUACUGGGGUUACCUGAAACAGGGGGUGAUGACGACCGUCAUCCACGUGUUGGACCGCGCCGGGCCGCAGUCCAGGAAGUGCAACCAAAUGUGCCACACGCAGCGCGCGAACAAGCUCGUCAGCAAGACGUACAAGAAAACGCUGCUGCGGUCAAUCGAGACGGUGUGCGCGCCGGAGGACACGUACGCCGCUUGCGUCUUCCACACGCAGAAGUUCGAUGUGCAAUCGGAUUUU